CGGUCCUCGGGGGCUUCAGUCAGUCAGCCGACGCUCCGAGACGCGGUGAUUAUUCCCAUUGUAUGCCCGCUGCUCGAGGGGGGGCUCCUUCCACCGCUGACACUCGUUUCCUCUCUCGCUCUCGCUCAGCCCGAUUCCUCGCCCUCGCGGCCUACCGCUGUCGCUUCGAGGCUCGACGCGUUCCAGAGUGGCGCGAGAACGCGCGUUCCAGACCCGCGAUAGUGUCGUACCGCGAUACCGAGCGUCGGCGUCGCGAUACCCGUCCUACGAGCCGCGUCGUCCUUUCUACCUGUGCUUCGCGCGCGCUGACCGUCGACCAGCCGAGAGGGUGUACCUUCCGCGAGUGAGACGAUGGGAACCAUGACGUAGAUCCGGGGAACGAGGCGGUGUUACGAUCCUUUCGAAGUUGUUCGAGUUUCGCGAGCAGCCGGCUUUCCAGUGGAUCGAACCUGCCUGCACGAGUGACCGUGUCCGCGACGAGUCCUGACAGCCUCGGAUCGUUGCUUUCGUUCAAGUGCCGGUUCUGUGCGGGGGUGUAAUAUCGUAAUUGCGUGACAAGUGGCAGGAGAAGCGUCGAAGGGUAGUCGAGGCUACCAGCGCGCGAGCAGGAUGAUAUGAGCACGCUUGGCAGAUUGAGGAUGUCCUCAAAGAGGAAGUCACCACCAACGAAGCUAUCGGAGGGCGGGGGCGGCACGGGUACAGUGGCAGGCGCCAACGAGGAGGAGGAGGAUACGACCUCGUCGGUGACCGGUGGUCCCGGUGGCGAAGUAGCCGUCGGUGAAGAAGGUCCCACCACCCCCGUCGACAUCGAGGAGUGUUACCCUCAUCAGACAGGAGGUGACUGCGAGUCGUCCGGCUGUUCGUCGCCGGCGACCACCAGCGAACCGGAUCUCCGGGAUUCGCCAUCGCCGUCCUCCAAUUCUUUACGACCCAACAAAGGACAAAGGAUCCUUCUGUCCAGCCAGGAGACGCUCGCACCCUACCAUUAUCCUCACCACCAUCAUCACCACCAUCACCACCAUCACCAUCACCACACGAACACAUCGUCUUCGUCGGGUGGUGUCGUGGAACCGGCGAGCUCCUCCGAGUGCGGCUCACCGCCUACCCCGUUAACCGUCGACCCCUACUACCCCAACCAUCCUCAUCACAACAACAACAAUACCGUCACGCAGAACAACAACAACAGCAACGGUGCUAACGCUACCACAGCGGGUACCAAGAGGUCCAUGGACGACGUACUCAAGAGGUUAACCUGCAAGAUGAACAGCGAGUCGUUGUCCUUGCAGGACGACACUAGCAACAACAGGCGGACGAGUCCGCCACCCUCCUCCACGCCGACGGGACACAACACGCAUUGCGGAGGCGUCGCCAGCGUGCCAAAUAGCGUGGCACCCUCACCCCCAGCCUCUGGAAGGAUGCAGAACACGGAAGGACAAGUUCAACAGGAUGGUGCCUCGGCUUUGCACAGGGUCCUGUGCGCGGAAAGCUUCGCGGAAAAGGAACGAAGGCUAUCCGAGAUGAUCCUGCAGCUGCAGCUGCUCAGGGAACAAUUGCUGCAACAGCAAGAUCAGACGAAGUCGUAUCCUGUGCACAUGAGCGUCGACUCGCAGAAGCAAAUCGAGAUACAGCGGCUACAAACGGAACACUUGAAGCGGCAGCAAGAGCACAUCAUGCAGCACAACAUCCAGGAGCUACAAGCUCAGAUGACAAAGAGCCAGUUGAGCAUGUCGGGACCGCAAUCCUUGAUGUUCCUACCGUUUCUCGAACAGCUCAGAGGGUUACCCGUGCAAUCGCCGAUGCCACCACCGCCGGCCACGUCGACGACCACCACCAACAAGCAUAUCAAUUCGAUCGCCAACAUGAUCAGCAGUCACCGGGAAGGUCCUAGCUGGGCGACGGCGCAUUUAGCGCAAAUGACCACACAAAUGGAGAAAGAAGCAUCACCGACGCCUAUUUCGUCCGCCGUGGCACCGACGGCGCCUCCCCUUCAGGACCUCGACGCGCCAUUGAACCUCACCAAACCGAAAUCCUCGUCCUCGGGUGCAACGGCGUCCUCUUCGUCGCCCGGAAGCGAUUCGCACUCGACCGGGGCCGGAAGCAGUGGUCAACAGGAGCAGCCUUUGGCCGCGACUGCGCCCAAACUUUUUCAGCCGGGUUUACCGAUGCCACGGAAUUAUUUGCCCAGCCUUCCUCCUUACGCGGGAUUACCGCCACACCUCAGCUCCCUUUCCUCUCCGAUGGGCAAAGUGAUGGGAAAAGAAGAAGGUGGUGGACCAGGAGGCGCGGUGGCAGCCGCCGCUGUAGCAGCCGUGGAGAAACAUUUCGCGAUGCACGGGAUUUACGCGAUACCACCGAGUGCAGGUGCGAUGCCUCCUUCGCCUCAAACUCAACGACCGAUGAAACAUUCUGGUUCUCGAGACGAGGCUGCGCAGGAGGAACAAGACUAUCUCUCCACAUCUCACAUGUGGCGGGAGCCGGGUUACAAGGUACCGGAAGACAUAACGGAAAAAGCUAAAAUGGUGAGACAGCAGAAGAGGGAGGGUGAGAACAAGCCACAUAUCAAACGGCCUAUGAACGCGUUCAUGGUGUGGGCCAAAGACGAGCGUAGGAAAAUUUUAAAAGCCUGCCCGGACAUGCACAAUUCGAACAUAUCUAAAAUACUCGGCGCCCGAUGGAAAGCGAUGUCGAAUUCGGAAAAGCAACCCUACUACGAGGAACAAUCCCGACUGUCGAAGCUGCACAUGGAGAAGCACCCGGACUACAGGUACAGGCCGCGGCCGAAACGGACCUGCAUCGUGGACGGCAAGAAGAUGCGAAUUUCCGAGUACAAGUCGCUGAUGCGGCAACGACGACAGGAGAUGAGGCAGCUCUGGUGUCGCGACAGCGGCCAGGAGAUGAGUUUCCUGUCGCCGGUAGGUUCGGAUCUGAGCUCGCAACACCAUCCGGGAUCGGGUGCGGGUCCUUCGGCGAGGCCGUCCGUGUCGCCACCCCGAUACGCCAUUCCGGUCGGCCGUGUCUUCUAUAUGAAACGAAGUGGGAGGGCAAAAACCUGUGGUUCGUCGCAUCUGAUAGGUAUACGGAAAGCACGCGAUUAG